GGUUUUGGAAGUUUUCAUUGGUCAGCAUAGAUCCUAUGGUAAUAAGGAGGCAGCUCCAGCAAGUAUAAAAGUUCUAGGUUUCUUUCCAAACUCCCUCCCCGGCUCCCACGAAUCCCUCUGGAUGGCACCCACUUCUUGCCACUACUCCCGCUUGCCCAUGGAUGAGAACCCCAAGAAGCUUGGGGACUGCAAGCUGCCUGUGUGGGUGGGGAUUGUGGGAAUCCUGCUGGGCCUACUGGUGGUGGUUCUGUCUGUGGUGGUCGGCAUUCUCGCUGCCAAGGCCAAUAGCCCAGCUUGCAAGGAUGGCCUCCGAGCUGAGCAGGAGUGUCGAAACAUCACCCACUUCCUGGAGCAGGAGCUGACCCAGGCCCAGGAUGCCUUGCGGGGCACUGAGGCCCAAGCAGCCACUUGUAACCAGACUGUGGAGACCCUGAAGAUUUCCCUGGAAGAGGAGAAGGCUGGGGGCCGCAAGCAACAGGAGCUGGUGCAGAAGCUUCAAGAGGAGAUCAAAACAUUGAAUCAGGAGCUGCAGGAGAAAUCCUGUGAGCUGGAGAAACAAUCCUCGGAGCUGCAGGACAAAUGCAUGGAGCUGCAGAAGAAAUAUGAGGAGGUGAAACAACUAAGACAAGAGAAGGAGGCCUUGGUCUCUGCCAAGUGCCCCCCCAACUCCGGGAUCAGCCUCCGUCUCUCCAUGACCCCUGCUGGCCUGACAGUCCUUGUGCUCCUGACCCUGAGCCUCCAGGCCCUGCUGGCCUGAGGUCCCAGGAAGCCUGCAGGCAAAGCCAUUCUAACCUGGCUGAGCGAUGUUCGCCCAGGGCCAUGGGGAUGAACCUCAGAAUGCAGUCCCUGCUCCUUCUCUGAGUCUCCUCUCAUCUUGGAAAGAUAACAACCUGGUCCUAGAGGAGCUCUCUCCCAUUCGGCCAGCACUAUCCUAAUAAAUCUUCAUAAUAUUCA